CCGUCGCGUCUUGGGGAGAAGACAUGGAGAAUGAGGCUGUCCUUGGCGGCGCCUGAGUCGAGAUGGAGCCUCCCCGGAGCUGCCCCUUCCUGGAGGACAGCUUCACCCGCUUCUCCUCCCAAAGCAACGUCUACGGCCUGGCCGCGUUGCCGGGGGCGGCUCGGGGGGGCGGGCGAAGACAAGAGAGCCUCCCAGGGGCGGGGCCGGAGGAAGCGGGGGCCCUCUUGUCCCAGUGGGGCCCUGACCCCGCAGCGGGGCUGGGGGCCUCCGGCCAGGAAGGGGCGCCGCGGCCGGCGGGGGCGCCCGGGGAAGGCCCGGGGGGGCUCCUGGCGGCCACCCUCAAGGGGAAGGUCAUUUAUUUCCGCUACCAAGACAUGAGGCGGAACCUGCGGCCGGUGGCCAGGGAGGUGCAGUUCACCUACAUCCCAGUUGAUGCUGAGAUUGUCUCUAUUGACACCUUCAACAAAUCACCCCCAAAAAGAGGCCUUGUGGUGGGGAUUACCUUCAUUAAGGAUUCUGGAGACAAAGCAAGCCCCUUCCUUAAUAUUUAUUGCGACUAUGAGCCUGGCUCAGAAUAUAAUCUGGAUUCUAUUGCACAAAGCUGCUUGAACUUGGAAUUGCAGUUCACGCCUUUCCAGCUGUACCACGCAGAAGUCCAGGUUGCUGACCAGCCAGAGACCGUCUUCCUUCUGAGUGGAAAUGAUCCUGCUAUUCAUCUUUACAAAGAGAAUGAGGAGCUGCAUCAAUUUGAGGAGCAGCCAGUAGAGAACCUCUUUCCAGAGCUUAAGGAACUGCCAAGCAAUGUACUCUGGCUUGACGUGUACAACAUUCCCAAUUCGGGGCAGCGAAUUACAGCUUUUGGCUGCCAGAGUGGAUAUAUCCAGGUUGCUCAGGUUGAACCAACCAAGCGAGUGGUGCUGCAAAGCUGGAGCAUCCAACAGGAUGGCCCCAUCUCCAAGGUCCUAGUCUUUGCUCUCCCAGACAUCAGCCAGCCAGACAGCACAUCUGGGAUUGUGUCUCCAAAAGGUAGCAGUGAUCCCAACCCUCAGAGCUACAGUGUCCUCGUAACCAGCACUAUUGAACUGUCGGUGGUCUACCGGAACGUGCUGCAGAGUGGCCUGGAGGACCAGCUGGUCUUGCCGCUGAGUGACCAGUACGACAGCGUGCUCUGUGCCCUUGUGACAGAUAUUGACUUUGAUAGCGAGCCUGAGAUCCUACUGGGCACCUACGGGCAGGAGCUUUUAUGCUACAAAUACCGGGCUGAAAACGUGUGUGUCAAGAGCGCAGCAGGAUGCCACCGUUUCAAACAGCCUCGGGGGGAUUUUCAUCUCCUCUGGCAGCGCACUUUCCCCAGCCCUUUGCUGUCCAUGGACUACGUAGAUCUGACGUGUGAUGGACUCUGCGAACUGGCCUUGGUGUGUCUGAAGGGGCUGCAUAUACUCCAGCACAGCCUGACAGACGUCGUCCAGUGCCUUUUGGAACGGCUUCGGGUGGAAGUGGUAAGGCGGGCAUCCCAGUCAAGCAUUUCCGUGCAGCAGCCAGAUGCCAGGGUUGAGGACGUUGAUGGCCAAGGACCAAGAGCAUGAGGAGCUGGCAGUGUGUGCCUUCCCACCUGCUCUUUUCAUCCCCAAGAGACGAGGAAUAGACUCUGGAGAGGAGCAUCAUCCAAAGGGUUCUUCUAGUCUCCUACAGAUUCCCAGAAAGAGCAUGGAAAUCCAAGUAGGUGGCUGUGAAGGGGAGUUGGAACACCCAGUCCCUUCCUGCGUUAGUUCAGUGGCUGCUUCAGCCCACCAGAAAGGAUGUGCCUCAGACCCAGGAAGUGCUCGGUGGCCCUAGUGCUUCUGACAAACUUUAGUGACUUUUUUUCUGUGCCUCCGAGGGGGCCACCCUGAAUGUGGCUUGACUGAGAUCUUCAUAAGUAGAGAAUAAAAUGUGUAUGUUGA